CAACAACGAGCAUUAAACUAAAAACAUAAUUAUGGUUUAAAUUAAAUUGUGAUAAAGGCAACGCAGAGCUGCCAACAAGCAACCGUUGUUUGUACGCACUGUACCACUCGGUGGCCUGCGUUGCUAAUUUAUCCCCGCGAGACACAAGGCUGACAAAAACAUGAGACUUGUACCACUGGGAACUGGCAAUUGCCAAUUCGUAUAUCGUAUAGAACACAAAUCAUGGAAAUCUAAAAGUAACACACCUGCCUCAUGGGACCAGUGCUAUGUCCUGAAACUACCGAGAAACCCAAAUUCUCCCAUGACUAUGCAUCGAAUGCUAUACCAUGAUGAAUUCUGUCUGUUUAUGCAAGAGGGAUGCUGCAAAAGCUCUGAGUCUUGUACACCUAAACGCGUAGGAUGCCUGAUAAAACGAAGUGUAGCCAACAGAUUGCGAACACAUCUGUCAAAGCUAAUGGACAACAAAUAUGAUGAAUGCAAGCAUACAUCAAAACAAAAAUGUGGUUGUAAACGCAUGGUAAUUAAUGGAGAUGGAGAUUACGCCAAUUGGUGGAAAGUAAAUCUCUUUGAGUCAGAAGUCGUAUAUAAAAAACGUAUCUACCAUGUGAAAGAAGUGGCACGCAAAACUACUAUCGAUAUAAAACCAACAGAUAUACAAAUAUUGGGAAAUAAUAACAUCACAUAUGAUCCGUUGAAAUAUGAAUUGGCAAUUCUGGAAGAAGAUUUGUUCAACCUAGCAGUAUGCGUUUCCCUCGGUAGGACAGUUAUGCAAACAAUCAUGCAAUACUAUCGGAAUAUCUCUGUUGAAAUGAAGCCAAAGUGCGGGAUACUCAAUUUUAGCGGAUUCCCAAGUCUAUUUCAAAUGUGCCAACCAUAUAAGGCAAGAAUCAGAUAUGAAAAUAUAGUGUCUUCGCAAUGCCCAGAAAGUACAGAUUGGAUCAUAAACGAAAGGGCUCAAGAAAAUUACAACUCUGGAUACUCACCCAUCAAGCUUUUCGGGAUGGAAUUAGCUGAUGUUAAAAAAGAGUUGCAAUGUCUGGCAAAGGUGCCACAGAACAACAUACGCAUAUUCAUCAAUAAUGUAGAAGUGGAUCCUGCAAUACUGAUACAGGAUCAAUGCGCAAUGGACAAUGUCGCUCGAUGCCUGGUGGAAAAUAAAGUCAUCAUGAACCGCAUACUAAAGUUGCAAGCACUAGCAUCAGGACAACAAAUCGUAGCAAGUGUCCUGUAUCUGCUUUGCAAUAUGGUCUAUAGGUUUUUUAACGCAAAGGAAAAAAUAAGAGACAAGGUUCAAAAGAAGUGGGAAGUGAGUAGCAUAACACAAAACCUCAUGGCUCUGUCAAAGGAGCUGCUUGCCCAUGUGUUGUGCCAACACGCUAAUCCAUAUCGCAUCCAGCGUAUGUUUAAUAUCAUUGGUCGCAAAUUAAUAUGCUCCAUGUGUAAUGUUCUGAAAAUGCUAUUGGAUAACAAGACUAAGCAUUUUUGUUUCUCAAAAAGGAAUAUAUGUUUGUAUCGAAUGACAGGUGUCAAUGACAAACGCAAUUGUAUACAAAGCCCUGAUACACAGCUGACAAUACACUCGCAAGGGCGACUUUUAAGGAAUGUCGGCGCAAAUGAUGAAGCAGUUCAAUUGGUGCUGUACAAGGAGCUAGAAACCAUUCUCUCACGGAUCAAUGUGCACGUGGCUAAUCAAUAUUUCAACCGAAAACAUUAUAGUGCACGCAAAAAAACAAGUUGUAGUAGCGAAUCGCCUAAAUGUAGCAUGGCUGGCCGUAAUCCAAUAAGUAACCACCAUUCGUGGAAAAGAUGUAAAAUGCUACUCGAUCAUAUCGAGCAAUGGAUCAACCUCUAUUUAGGAGGGAGAACAGCUAUGGAUCUAUCCGUUGUGCUCAACGUCCUGUUCCAUACAGGCUCCAAAGGCGAGAGAGCAGGUCCGAAUUUUUUUAGAUUUUCUUUAAUAGAUUUAGAUCUGAAACCAGUGCAUCGCAUCCCUAGGUGGAAAGAAGAUGUGCUGUUUUUGGUAAAUAAACAGAUCUCAACCGCUUAACGUAUAUCAA